AUGCUCUCGUCUUCCCCUAGAAUCCAGAUUCAGCUCAGCGAAGCUUUAGCCGUCAUCGAUAAACACAAUUUCCCGAGACAUUGGCCUGGUUUUCUUCCGGAGCUCGUCUCCAGCCUCCAGAAAGCUUCUCUCGUUGGAGAUUACGGUUCAGUUAACGAAAUUUUAGGGACGGCUAAUUCCAUUUUCAAGAACUUUAGGCAUCAGUUUAGAACCGAUGAGCUGUUUCUUGAUAUUAAGUAUUGCCUUGGGAUUUUCACUCUUCCGUUGGAAGAUAUCUUCACUAAAACUGAUUCCUUGAUUAAUGAUUCCGCUAUGAGUGGAUCAGUAACAAACAUUAAACCUUUAUUUGAGUGUCAGAAGCUUUGCUGCAGGAUAUUUUUCUCGUUGAACUUUCAGGACUUGCCUGGGUUCUUCGAGGAUCAUAUGAACAAGUGGAUGGAAGUGUUUCAGAAAUGUUUAUCGUCGAAUUUCCCUGCCUUGGAAAGCACAGAAGAUGGGUUGAAGCUUGUGGAUGCGCUGUUCUGUAAAUGUUUUGUUUGGAUGUUAGGGAAGAAGUUGGAAGAGUCUGGGGUUCUCACUGAGUCUCUAAGGUUAAGAAGUAACACGUGGGGUCUUCACAUGCCGCUUGUUUGUCCUGAUGGUGCAGUUGUUGCUUAUGCUUGGAAGAGACAGCUUGCUGGCCAAGCUGGUGCUUCUGCUGUUGAUAUAACUAGGUUAUCUCUCAAGGCUUUCACGGAUCAAAAGAGGUGUUUUCCCUCACAUUGA